AUGAAGACUUUCAUCCUCUUGUGCCUGUGCCUGGCUGCUGCCAGUGCUACUCUUGCUCCUCUUAAGAAGGUGUCUCAGCGCAUCCCCAACAAGUACAUCAUCAAGAUCAAGGAUGGUUCCAAGUUGGAUGAGUUUGUCGACCGUCUUGAGACCCGUACACGAUCCCUCAACAUCCCCGCCUCCAUCCUGAAAAAGUUCCGUACCGUCAUGUCCGCUGUUGUGGCUCACAUCCCAGACAGGUUCAUCGACACCAUCCGUUCUUUCGAGGGCAUUGAGUACAUUGAGGAAGAUGGUAUCGUCAGGACCCAGGCAGUCACUUGGGGUCUCGACCGUUCUGACCAGAGAUACCUCCCCUUGGACGGCAGCUUCAACCCAUCCGGAACUGGUGCUGGAGUCAACGCUUACGUGAUUGAUACCGGAGUCAACCCCAACCACUGGGAGUUCUCUGGCCGUGCUACCGCCUGGUACGAUGCCCUCGGCGGCAGCGGAGUUGACUGCAACGGACACGGAACUCACUGCUCCGGUACCGUCGGCAGCAACACUUACGGUGUAGCCAAGGACGUCACCAUUUACGGUAUCCGUGUGCUCAGCUGCAUUGGAUUCGGCUCCAACAGUGGUGUUGUUGAUGGAAUUGACUUCGUUGGAUCUAACGGACAGCUGCCCGCUGUUGUCUCCAUGUCCCUCGGUGGUGGUGCAUCUUCUGCUACCGAUAACGCCGUAGAGAACCUCAUCAACCUCGGCUUCACCGUAUCUGCUGCCGCUGGUAACGAGAACGUCGAUGCCUGCAACUCUUCCCCCGCUAGAGUAUCUACCGCCAUCACUGUCGGUGCCACCGACAGCAGCGAUGCCAGAGCUUCCUUCUCUAACUACGGUUCAUGUGUGAGUAUCUUCGCUCCUGGUGUAGACAUCACCUCAACAUGGCACACCACUAACUGGGGAACCAACACCAUCAGUGGAACCUCCAUGGCCUGCCCCCACGUUUCCGGUGCCGCCGCCAUCAUGUUGGGCAACAACCCAUCCCUGAGCCCAGCUGCACUCAAGUCAUCCAUGCUCUCUAGCUCUACCUCCAACGUUGUGUCUAACGCAGGUUUCCGAUCCCCCAACAAGAUGCUCUACAUCGGCAACUAA